AUGACCGACCUGAACACACCCCCGCCGACUCAGGAGAUUGUACAUAUCCAUGCCAUUCAUCCAGACCGGGACAAUCUUUUCCGCAUCGCAGCAACUCCCACUGAUUUGAUCAAAAAGCAUGUGAAAACUUUCGGUGUACAAUGUACGCAGUGUCAAAAAACGUUGGAUAAACCUUUGAAAUGUUCAAAGUGCAAAGGUGUCUGGUAUUGCUCAAAAGAGUGCCAAAAGAAACAUUGGCCCGCUCACAAACCAGCAUGUCAUGACGUUGAACGCUCCUCGGGGGCCCUCAAAUUCGUACGAACGUUCUUCGCAAACAUAACGCUCAUGAUGUUCCUCAAAGUUGCCAUCAUUUACGACUGUGGUUUGCUCGACAACUCUCGGCUCGGGUUCGACGUGCCUUUCAUGGCACGUGUUGACAUCGCCAUUGAGCCAACUGAUAUUCUCGACUUCGCAGGACUAUAUCUCAAUAAUAGGCCCAUUGCGGAGAAGCUUAAAGGAAUGGUGCAAGUCAAUACCGUCUCUGCGUGGGAUCCGAACACGCAUCCUCCCCUCACGCCGACGCGGCUGCGCUUAUGGCAGGAUGCUCGAGCACAGUCCACCGCAGCAGGUCACGGCAAAGAUCCUGUUGGACUCAUCGAAUUCCUCAACUAUACGGAGAACUCUACCACCGUAGCGGUUCAUAUUGCCAGCUCUGUUAUUGCCAUCGCAAGGAAACGCGAACCCUUCUUAUGUUCCUCUGCUCUCACGGGCAAUCAAUCUGAGAAGCCCAUGGACUCUGCGACAUGUAUAGAGUAUAUCAACUUGCAUAUUCGGGCCGAUGAGCAGAAUCAGUUACUUUUACGGACUGUGAUGACAGAGCAAGACAAGGAAGUUAUUCGCGCUGCAGGUCGCAAUGAGGACUCGCUUCCCAUCUCCCUUCUCAAUUACAAGAUGCAAAGAGAACUCCUCUAUGCUAACAUAAUGAACUUGAGACGCUAG